CCCCGAGUUCGCUCUCCCCAGCCCGCGGCGCCUCCGGCAGUGUGGGUCUCGGUGCGCCGGGGAAAGCCGUCCGGGCCUGCCGCUACCGCCGCGGCCGGGCCAGGGUUCCGGGCGGACCCCGCGGGCUCAGAUGCCCUGAAAGUUGGAGUGAUUACUGAGCCUAAGAUUCUUCCAGCUCUGAAAUUCAGCUGCUGACAUGUUGUUUCGAAAACUUACAUCUGCUAAAAUCUGUUCCAAGUAGGUGCUUCAGCGUUUGGAGCGGCCGCGGCCUGAGGACCGGUCUGAAGCUGGCCUCUGCAGGGGGCCCUGGCACCCUCCCCAGACGUGCAGUGGCUGUGGCAUCGGAGGGGAGGCCGCCCAGGCUUCUGCCGCCACCAGCUGCCUCCCUGUCAGCUUUACGGGCAGACCCGCUAAGGUUGUGUGGAUCACACAGUUCCUGCCUCAGUAGAAGAGUCCAGAAAAGGGAACCAUUUCCUCAGCGCCGCCUUGAGGAUGGACCCGGCAGACCCUCCUGGCGACCCCGCUGCCGGCGACCCCGCCGCUGGAGACACAGACCCCGCUGGCAACUCCACUGGCAGCGAGCGCCGUUGCACAGGCCAGGACCCACUCCUGUUCCGGCAGGCCCUGCAGACAUUGUGGUCCACGCGAGAGCUGUGGCAGCUCCGGGAAGAGGCCUGGCGGGGGUUUGCUGCCCUGGAUGACCCACUGACCGGACUCCUGGACGUGCUGGAAGGCAGCCAGGCCUGGCAGCGGAAGGGCCCCUCCCUGGAGGCCUGGGUAGUCUGUGAGCUGCACCGCUGGCUGCAGGCACGGCCACUCCCUGCAUCGGCCCAGCACAGCUCAAGGCUGCAACAGCUACAGGCCCGUGCAGUCAGGGUCCUCGCCAGGAGCCCCCCUAGUCUCGUGGAGCCACUGGUCAGCAUCUUCCAGCUGCAGGACGCAGACCGGAGCCCCCUGCUGACUCACAUCCACCAGCUCCACCAGGAGGGCAAGUUCAAAGAAGCUGUCGUGCUGGGCUCCAGGCUGAAGUUGCAGCCAGCACUUGAUGUUGAAAAGAUGUGCACCCCACUGCUCCUCCAGGACAGAGUGAGCCUCGUGGAGCGUUAUGUGGCCGGCUUCCCGGACCUCCAGAGGAGGCUGCUGGCCCUCCUGGACUCCUGGUGCCGGCCCGGCUUUGACAUCGGAGUUGUUGCCAGGCAGCACCCACAGGUGACCUCGAGGCUGGAGAGGCUGAGUCCCAGAGUGCUAAGUCGGCGGGUCCUGAGCCAGCUGGAGCGGCUGGGCCUGGACCCGGCUCUGUGUCCCAACGCUGCCACUCAGCAGCGCCUGGCCGCCCUGCGCUACCUGUGCUACAAGCGGUUUGUGGAGAGAAGUAUGUCUCAGGAGAACUGGGUGGACCACGUGCAGGGCCUGGUGGGCCGGGAAGAGUGGCCCCAAGAGGCGGUAGUGCAGCUGCUGGCCUCCCCCGGCAACGAGGCCGUGGCCGCGCAGUGCGCCCUGGGCCUCUCAGUGCCCGAGGAGCAGCUGCCAGCCACAGUGGCGGCCGAGCUCCGCCGGCUCGAACUCCAGGAGAGGGUGGCCAGGGCGCCUUUGGAGGACAGGAAGGGUGAUUACUACCAGCUGCCCAUCGCCAGGGAGGACAUCCACUUCCUGGCCUCUUGGGAGGACUUGGCCAGGCACGAGGAGGUGUUGCUGCAGCCCGGCCAGGUGGUCGGGGUAGACAUGGAGUGGAGACCCUCGUUUGGCACGGGGGGCCGGCCCCAGGCAUCAGUCAUGCAGUUGGCAGUGGAGGGCCGCGUGUUCCUGCUGGACCUGCCUGUGCUCUCGCGGCCAGCGGGAGGGCAGGUGUCGAAGGCCUUCUCCGGGCUGGUGUCCCGGCUGCUCUCGGACCCCUCCAUCACGAAACUGGGUUAUGGGCUGGCGGGGGACCUUCGGAGCCUGGGUGCUUCCUGCCCGGCCCUGGCGCACGUGGAGAAGCAGCUGCGGGGCGGCCUGGACCUGCUGCGGGUGCACAGGCAGAUGCGGGUGGUGAACAUGCCAGCUGGAGGCACGUAUGAGUCCAGGGGGCUGCGGGGCCUCAGCCUCCUGGUGCAGCAGGUCCUGGGCAAGCCCCUCGACAAGACGCAGCAGCUCUCUAACUGGGAUCGGCGGCCGCUGAGCGAGGGGCAGCUGGUUUACGCAGCUGCUGACGCCUACUGCCUGCUGGAGGUGCACCAGGCGCUGAGCAGAGAGCCUGCCAGCUUCUCCCUGUCUGAGGACCUGGCCAGGAGCCUGCAGCCAGGGUGCAGCGAGAGACCGGGGGCCCGGGAGCCGCCCCGCCUGCAGGAGGCCUCAGCCCUGCCUUGGCAGGUGCCUGUGGCCGAGCGCGAGGACACCACUCCAGAGGUCCCGGCCAGGGCCUUCCGCGUGGUGUGCGACAACAUGCUGCAGGGGCUGGCAAGGAGCCUCCGCUGCUUGGGCGCGGACGUGCGCGUGCUGGGCACCAACGAGGACCACCGAAGGGCAGCUGAGGCACGCACGUGCACACGCACGUGUGAAAUUCGUACCGAAGCUCCCGUCAGGCCUGAAGCCGUGGCGCCACCUCCCUGGUUCCCAUGCUCACCCUUCCUUCUCCCACCCGGACCCAGCUCAGCACCAGCGUCGGCCAUCUGUCUUUGGCACAGUUGGCAGCGAGCAUUUCGAGGGACGCCACCAGAGUCAGCACCAGCGACAGGACCGCUGCCCGGCUUCUUCGCCCUGGCCGCUAGCACGGCAGCCUGGAGCUGCGCGGUUGCCAGGCAGGAGGGAAGGAUCAUCUUGACGUCGGGGCUGCCAUACCACAAGCUCCGGGACCAGGUCGGGGCUGGGCGCUGCCUCUGGGUGGACUGCUCCCUCAAGGCCCGUCAGCAGGCCAAGGCCGUGCUCAGGCAUUUCAACGUUCGAGUCACCCACGCAGACAUCUUCAGCCGCUGCCAGGCCUGUAACUGUGACCAGUACCUGAAGGUCUCCAAGGACACAAUGAAGCAGCUGGUGAGGCUCAGCAGCUGCCCGGAAGGCCCCAGCAUCACACGUGAUGAGGCCACCCAGAGCGAGGACAUACAGGAAGCAGGCUCGGCCCCAGAGGAGGCCCCCGGGGGCUGUACCUACGACCCACCUUGCCGCUGGCUGGAGGCCGCAGACCUGCGGGCUGGUGCGCCUGCCACACUGGCCAGUGGCACCCGGCUGCAGCUGGCAGGGGUCCCGGAGGGCGUGCUGCGGCGGCCGGGGCUACGCCAUUUCUACUGCUGCUCUGGCUGUGGCAAGGUCUUCUGGGAGGGCUCCCACCUGUGCCGCGUCACCUCGCAAUUCAGCCAGAUCCUGAGCAGCGCCUCCAGCUCCUGGAAGCAGAGCUGAGCCCCCAGGCCCACGGGCCUGCACUGCCCCCUGGGGCAUCCACCCACCCACCCCCAGCAAUACAGGUAAUAAAAGUCCUGACCUGCAUGGGCCUGUGGCCAUGGACUCACUGCACAUACCUGGGCCUGGCCCUAGGUGCACCUAUGGCCGUGGACUCAUUGCAUACACCUGGGCGCCAGCCCCAGGUGCAGAGCUAGGACCGGGGUGGAAGGGAUGAAAGUUCUUGCACAAGGUCAGGAUGCUCGGACCCUGAGCUGAGAACCGCCUGAUACUCGGGAAUGAGGCCGACGGAAAGUGGGAAGGACACGCCUGGCAGAGGAAAUGGCCUUCACAAAGGCCCGGGGCUGGGACCCAAGCGGCUCCCGUCAGUGGGGCGGAGGGAGGCGGGGGCACACAGGCCCCCCACGCACUGGGGGCCCACUCCCUUUGCUGCGUUGGUAAAUGCCACCCCCCCCUCUGCCCCACCUUCCUGGGCUCCUCAGACCUUCGGGGAGGCCUCCAGUUCCAGGGAGUGUAGAUGGUGGGACCCCGCAGGGCCAGGGCCCGUUAGGCCAGAUGUGGCGGGGGUGGGGGUGGGGGGCUUCCUGGGGAACAGGGCCCAGCCCUCUGUGGUGCAAGAGGCAGGGCGGCCACCCUCUAGGAGGGCAUCCAUUGUGUCUGGAGGGCCAUGCCUGGAGGGGAGGCCCACCUCUGCAUCUGCUGCCCUCGCCCCCUCACCGGCCGGAGUGUGACCCCACAUGGCUUCUUCCCCCCGCCCCAACCCGGUCGAGGUGGCCUCCUCUCAUGAAACAGAGUGGCAGCCGAAGCCACAAGGGGGCCCUGCACAUGAGAGCGUCCACCCUCACAACUGCAGGAAACAGCCACUGCUCCACCUACUCUCUGGGAAACUGAGGCGCAGGCGCCCGUUGCCGGCACCCGAGGGCCCCGGGCACCGGUGCCAGGUGGGCGGGGAGAGGGGCCUAGACUGCAUCUUGCCCUGGCCGCCUCCUCCUGGCUCACUCCCUAGGAAUGUGCCCCCACCCCCACCCCCCACAUCCCUUUCCUGUCCUUCCUGCCUUGAGCGGAAACCAGCUCAGAUUUGGCCCGGGAACCCAGGCGGAAGCCUCAGGGCCGGGGAGCCCGGGGGGGCGGGGCGGGGCUGCCGCCUCUGCCCAGAGCGGGUGCACCUGCAGGCCCAGGUGUGACGGCCUCAGGUACCAGGUGGGUGCUGGCAGUGCCAGGCCUACCUCUGCCCCCGCCUGGGCUGGGGGUCAGGCCCAAGAGCAUGAGGCUGGGGUUCAUGCUGAACACCAUGCACCCAUCCUGCCACACUGCCCAUCAUUUCCUUUCCCUGAAAACGCCCACCUUGUGCCAGGCGCUGGCCCACCCGGCCCCGCAGCAACCUUGGGGCCAGCCGGACCAGAUGCUACCGCACAGAUGGAGGGAGGGACUCGGAGACUCAGGACAGGACCGGGCUGAGCAGGGGCACCGUGUCAGGGCCAAGCGUGCAACCCUGGCUUCCCCCACCCUUCAGUCACUGCUGAGCCCGAGGGCCACAUGGGGCUGUGGGGGCGAGCAGACACCCCACCAGGGCUCGGGACCUUCUGUGAUCGGGGUGCUGCUUCCGAGAGCCAGACCACUGGCCCGCGUUCUGUCCUGGGAGGCAGCCCUGACCACGCUCCUCCCCUAGUAAGGUCAGGAGGAAACCGCCAGGGGUGCCGGCCCCACUGCCCAACCCAGCUGCUUCCUGAAGACUCUGGAGACUCUGUUCUGAUCCAAGGCCCUGGUGGUGGUUGCAGCUGGUCCUCAACACAAGGAGGCCAGAGCCAGGGACCAGCACGGGGGAGACAGGAGACCACAUGUCCUUCCUGUCCCUCCAGGCAGGCCCGGCCCCAGCACCCCACUGCCCCGCGCACCCUCUAGAGGGAGAAGAGGGCGACUGCGUGGGGCCUCUUUCCCAGUGUGCCCCUCACAGCUACGCGCGUACCGUCCAGCCUGCCUUCCCACCUCCCCACCCCUCUGCUGCCCAGACUGGCCGUGUCCCCCCGGAAACCCUCCCAGGCUCACGUACUCGCUGCCAGCCCAGCCCAGCCCCACGGCAACCCCAUCCUAGGCCCCAGCCCCCGACCCCUGGUCCUGAGCCAUCAGGAGGUCAGCCCAAAAAGCCUUCUGAGGCCCCAGGACUGCCUCAGGCCCCCUCCCAGGCUAGGGGUCAGGCACCACGCCGACAGGGUGGGCUACGGCCCUAGUGCCAGGCCGUGCCCUAAGCGGCCGCGCAGUGAUUGUCUGCCACAGUUCCUGCCCCGGGCGUCCUUCCUCCGCUCUGGCCGAGGGCUGAGUGUUUGUUAUUUGAUCUCUAUCCUCUCUCGGCCCUUCUACCAGGUGUCUGGGCUGCUGGGAAGAAACACUCUCCUCUUUCCCACGCUCCCCGACACAUUUUAAUGAAUUAGCUGGAAGCCCCGCCCCCACUGCCCGCCUGCCUGCUCACCCUCCCUCCCCCGCCUAGUGCCUUUAAGGUGGCCGCAGGCCUUGGCCCAGCUCUGGCCAGCCGCCUCUUCUGCGCUGUCCUCCCCAGGCCGCUCCACCCAGACCUUCCCAGCCCAUAUCCCAGAAUGCUCCCCAGGCGGCUCCACCCCUGCCCACAUUGUUCCCCCCCCAAUACCCACUGCUGUGAGCCUCUAAAGGAAGGGGGUCCCCAGAGAAAGAAGGGGGCCCUCUCCAACUCUGGCCUCCACCCACCACGGCCCUUCAGGGUGGCACUCCUGGGCCAGCAUCCUUGGAGCCAAUGGGGAGAAGGACGGGGGGGUCCUGCCGCAUGGUCAGGGUCGAGUCUGUCCCCCCAGACCCCAGGUCAGGGGUUUCUCACUCAGAGCCAGUGAACUGCUUAUCUAUACAACACCACCAAGAAACCCCACCCACACCGGAGAGGGGCUUCUCUGGGCCGCAGGGCGGGGCCUGGCUUCCCCAUUCCCUCCAAGGCAUUUGGAACAAAUGUCCUCCUUUUGGACCAUUCCUUCAGCAAACACUGAAGAAGAGCUUACUGGGAGCCAGUGCCCUGCAAGCCCCUCUUCCCCUCCUGUCCUCAAAUGGGGCAACUCCCAGGGUGUGGACCACAGCGGCUCAGACCAGAAAUACCCUCCCAGCCACGGCACGGCCACGGGAACCCCAUCGGCUCCCCAGAGAUAGUGUGACUGUCACCCGAACCCCACAGUGGCAGACCUGGCUACACCUGUCUGACCCUCACGCCGAGCCCUGGGUGGGGCAGGAGGCAACAUCAGGCUAGACUCCUGUGGCCGCUCUGUCCCUGCCAGGGGCACCCAAGCCACCGAUUUCAUGGCCCGUGGUGGUGGCCGUGCAUUCCCACACUGAGCUCACAGGGCCCCUUUGUCUGCCCACCCCGAAGCCUGCGCGGGUGUCAAAGGGACAUUUCACCCCCGGGCUCUGCUCCCGGGCCCUACAGGGUCUCCAGAUGCCCUUCUUCAGGUCAGGGGACCUGAACCCACCUGCACUGGGGCCUAUGAACCCCCCACCUUCUGGGGAUAGCCCUGGGCACUGUCCAGAGGUAAAUACAGGCCCCAGGGGACAGGGCCUAUGCCCUCUUCCCUGAUCCUGGGAAGAUGCAGGGAAGGGGGUGCUGGAGGUGGUCAGGGCCCCGCCCUCGAGGGGUUCACAGUCCAGCAGCCUCCCUUACUGGGCCCAGGGACCCCAUCUGGCAAGAUGAGUGGGGCAAGGGAGGGGCUGUUGACACCGGCACCCCACCCCCACCCCCACCAGGUCACAACCUCAGCUGAACCUAGCACAGGGCCUGGUUCAGGACUCCCGCCUCAGGCCAGGGCUUACCCACCUACACUGUGGGGAGCUCCUGGCAGGAGCAAGACUGAGCAGAAGAGCUGGACCACCAGCCAGACCACCAGCCUCGGGAAGACCAGAGGGAGGGACUCGGGGAGCUCUGGCUGCCAGGAGGACCCCGAGAGAGUCCACAACGGUCAGGUCUGAGGGCAGCUGGCCAGAGGCAGCCAGCCCUGGGGUGGCCUUACCCAGUUUUUCCUGUGAUUUCUGCUGUGACUCGUUCCAGAGCACAGAGUGAGAUGAGGGGCACGCACCCACCCACAUAUGUCUCCAAACAUGGGGCACACCAGGCAGGUGCCCAUUGGAGCCCAUCCCCAAACAAGGCCUGACAGGGGGGGACUCCCGGGCUGAGGCCCAGGGCCGCCUCCUCGGGAAUUUCCAGCCCGCUUCUGAAGGAAUUGAAGUUCCUGUGUGCUGCCCUGCUGCCCUGGGCCUACUGCUCCGAGAGUCAUUCCUGCUCGAUUUCCAGCCACCAGAGCCCAGCUAUAAACUGUAAAAUCCUAAUGAGGAAAUCUGGCGGGAGUAUUAGAAUGUCAAUAAAAAAUGGGUUUACAGAUUGGAAAUGAGUCAUUUCUGGGCUUUCUAUCCGUCCUUGGUGCCCUACCUGGGGCUGCUCACCUGGCCAGGCCUUGCCUGUCCCUAGUCGUGCUGAUGGAGGUGGCCCAGGAGAGGGAAGCAGGCCCUGAGGUCCGGCCGACUGACCUCCCCGCCUUGGAGGGGCUUCUGAGCACCUCCAGCCCCCAGCUUCCUCCUGUAAAGACCCUGCUUUCGUCAGGGUGGGACCUCAGGGUUUGGCUCCUCACGCUUGUCAGGUUGGGGGCAAAACACGGGGUGACCCAGGCCGCCAGAGGAGCAGCCCUCGUUCAGGAAAGACCGCGUGGCCCAGGUCACACGCCCGAGCUGUUCGUGGACUCGUC